GUGACAAACCUUGCUGGAGUUAGUGGAAUCUGUCAUUUGGGAACCAAAAGUCCAAACUUACUUCUCAAGCAAAAAAAAAAAAAAAAUGUUAUAGAAACGACUUCUAUAAACAUAUCAAUAACUAAAUUUAUAUCCCAAAUCAGAGUGUUCCUGGUUGAAAAAGAAAAAACUGAGCUAUUACUUCAUUCCUUUUUACUUGAUUUUAUACUUUGUUUGAAACAAUGUUUCUAAUAAUAUUAGUACUUUUCUUUCUCAACAACUAUGUCAUUUUGGCUUCAGAUCCUGACCCUGUCCAAGACUUCUGCAUACCUAACAUGCAGGCUACAACCAUUGCCAACCAAUGCAAGAACUCGUCCACCGCAACGGUUGAAGAUUUCGUCUUCUCGGGCAUUAAGUCUUCUGGAAAAUUUGGCCCAACAGGGCUUGCUGCUACUUCAGUUAACUCUAACAUCUUUGCAGGGCUUAACACACUUGGAAUGUCAUUUGUAAGAGCUGACUUUGAGGUUGGAGGUGUUAAUGUGCCUCAUUUCCAUCCAAGGGCUACUGAGAUAGCAUUUGUGCUUGAAGGGAAGGUUUAUUCUGGAUUUAUUGACACAAACAAUAAGAUUUUUGCUAAAGUGAUUGAGAAAGGAGAGGUGAUGGUGUUUCCUAAGGGCAUGGUGCACUUUCAGAUGAAUGUGGGAGAUACUCCUGCCACUAUACUUGGGAGUUUUGAUAGUCAAAAUCCUGGGUUGAUGAGGAUUCCAACAGCUAUAUUUGGAUUUGGGAUUAAAGAUCAGCUUUUGGAGAAAGCUUUUGGGUUGAAUUCUAAGGAGCUUUCCAAGUUGAAGAAGAGGUUUGCUCCUCAUUGAUUGAGAUGAAACAUUUCACUCUUUUUUCUUUUUCAAGAAAAAAAAAAUAUAUAUUAUCAAAUUAUGCAUAUAAGGAUUUUUUUUUUGAACUUUUUUUUUUCAGAACUGACAUUGGUGGGAAUAAAAAGGAAAUUAUUAUUGUUAUUAUAAUACUUGGGUUCAGUUAUCUUUCUGAAGAAAAAGGGAGGGUUUAUUGGUUAGGAUCAUGAAAUGUAGAUCCAUAGUUAAUUCUUUUAUGAGAAUCUUUGAAUGAAAGAUUAAUUUUGAUUUUGCUAUCAACAAAAUCAGUUUGAUU